AUGAACGGCGACAACCGAAACAGAAAGAAGAUUGAAGCUGCAUUAGAUUUAGUUGAUUGCCUUUGGUCUGCCGAAGAUCGAGCCAAGAGUAUCAACCGUGGCUUUGCCGACGACACUACCGCUACCCAAGUGUACAUGGAUAUCGAUGACCGAGUGAAGAGAGCCUACCAUGUCUUCGACAACCCUGGUAACAAGUGGAUUCCCAAUACCCGAAGAUCAACAGCGGUGACUGGUGUGGGAAAUCUUGUGCUUAGAAGGCGCGAUGGAUUUCAUCAAGAGAUAAAUAGGCGCAUGCCAAAGUGGACUACAGCAACACCAAUAACAGCUGGAGCCACUCUUUGGGACAUUGUUGUGCAGCAUGAGGCGCAUAUCAAGGCUCGAGUCCUCGCCGAAAGGAGCAACAAGAGCAGAAGAAGAUAGUGCAAAUGAUCAGUCAGCGCUUUGUUUUCCGUUGGCUGUUGUUGCUGUUGUUGAAAUUAUUGAUGUUUUUGUCAUUGUGCGGCA